CGGAAGCAGCCGACAGAGCGACGAAGUGAAGUGACAUUUGUUGUCGAAAAUCUUGUCGACGCAGUCGACACACCGAAAAUGUGGCGGUUAUUUAUUUUAAUUUUGGCUUUUGCCUCUUGCUGCGCGUCUCCCGGAUCGUUAGAAGUUGUAAAUGACGAUGAACUGGUUAAUUUGUUCCGCUCCGAAAAAUUUGUCGUCGUUCUUUUCACCAAAAAAGAUUGUGAGUCUUGUGAGGUGCUUGAGAAAGAACUUACAUCCCUCAGAGAAGAUUUGGUUGACGCUCUCAAUGCCUGGGUUGUGAAAGCUGUAUCAAGCAGCAUGGUUAAGCUGUACAGUCCUACAAAAGAGCCAGCUCUUGUUUUCUUUAGACAUGGAGUACCACUGUUGUAUGACGGUCCCAUAAACGACGAGUUAAUAUUACAUACAUUUACUGACAAUAAGGAACCAGUUGUAAAAGAACUCAAUGAUAACACUUUUGAGCAUCUUACUCAAGCAUCUACUGGUGCAACCACUGGUGAUUGGCUUGUCAUGUUCUACUCUGAUAACUGUGUGGACUGCCAGCGCCUCCAAGCAAGAUGGGAAGCUGUGGGUGCAAAGUUGAAGACCCGUAUGAAUGUUGCACGUGUCAACAAGGGUGCAGCAGGAGCUGCCACAGGGCGAAGGUUUGGAGUGCAGGAAGUUCCAUCUUUCAUCUUGUUUCGCCAGGGAAGACUGUACAGAUACCAGAUUCCUAAAUAUGAUGUUACAUCCUUUGCAUCCUUUGCAACUGACUGGUACAAAAAUGCUAAGGCCGAGAAAAUUCCUCCUCCAAAGUCGCCUUUUGAUGACUUCACACAAAUGAUUGCAGACUACCUGAGAGAAAAUCCAUGGAUCUUCUGGGUUGGGUUUGCUAGCUUUGUAAUUGGAUUAAUAUUUUCUCUAAUCCAGAAACGUAGGUCUAAAUCUGUUAGUAAAACAAAAUCUGACUCUAAGUCAGACUCUAAGUCUUCAAAGGAAUCUAGUAAAAAGAGCAAGUAAUUAGCGUAGCCCUGUAUUUUCAAGUGUUUUUUUUUUUUUUUUU